GAAUCUAUUUAAGAGCGGCCUUACCCAACUUCGUUUGAUAUUUUCGCGGAAGAUCAAACAAAACCCUAGACGACGAAACCCACCGGAAAAAAAAAAAGAAGCAACAAGGACCCAAUCACGUUAUGGCUUUCAGAAGGAUUAGCAAGGAGAUCAAGGAACUUGAACAGGAUCCUCCGGCGUCAUGCAGUGCCGGUCCCGUGGGUGAUGACGUGUUCUACUGGCAAGGAACUAUAAUGGGGCCAACAGAUAGUCCAUACGCAGGGGGUGUGUUCACGGUGUCCAUUCGCUUUCCUCCUGAUUACCCAUUCAGGGCACCCAAGGUUUUGUUUCAUACAAAGGUUUACCACCCGAACAUCAACAGCAGUGGAAACAUCUGUCUCGACAUCCUGAAUAACCAUUGGAGUCCUGCUCUCUCCAUAUCCAAGGUUCUGCUGUCGAUAUGCUCGUUGCUGACGGAUCCGAACCCAGAUGAUCCUCUAGUUCCGGAGAUUGCUCACAUUUACAAGAUUGACCGAGCCAAGUACGAAGCCACGGCUCGUUCAUGGACGCAGAAGUACGCUACGUGAUCUAUCAUAGUUAUUUACUCUUUCUUUUUUCCUUUGUUAAAGAAUAUAGUGACUUUGGUUUUUGGGUAUUCAUCAAUUGGUCUUAUUGGGUUUUCUUCACAAUUGUCAUUGAGUUUACUCUCUUUUUGUUUCCUU